AUGCGAAUUACCAUAGAGACCCGUACACUUUGCACAAGCACCAUACUUAUGGAACAUACCUUAGUAUUGAAGCUUCUAGGACAACUUCUACAUGUCAAUAGAAGAGUGGUCGGAGGAAAAUCGUCCGUUGACAAGAAGCAGAUCGGCUCGGUUUUCUCGCAUGCACACGCCGCGCACACCGCGCGCCCUCUCCCCGCGGAAACCCUGCGACAGCCGGCGGGUGUCCGCCCGGGACCCCCCACGCUCGGCUUGCUCACGCCGAACUUCACUUACCGCCCGUCCAGCUUUUUCUGUUUAUUAAAGGUC